AUGUAUUCAGAGAUUUAUUUAACUUUUAUUAUUUUAAUAUUUAAUAUUAAUUUUUAUAAAGUAUUUGCAGAAUUUAGAUCCGAUGAUUGUGCACAUUUAGGUUAUAAUAAAGCAAAUUUAUUAUGUUCAACGUGUGAUCAAUUAACAGAAUUUAAAUUAGAUACACUGAAGGAAACAUGUUACGAAUGUUGUAACAAAGAUGAUGUUCAAGAAAAUAUUAAAAAAUAUGCAAAAGCAAGAUUAGAAGUAUGCACUUGUAAAUUUGGAGCUUAUCCUCAAAUAGAAGCUUUUAUUAAAAGUGAUAGACCGACUAAAUUUCCUAAUUUAACAAUACGUUAUGUAAGAGGACUUGAUCCCAUAAUUAAAUUAAUGGAUAAAGAAGGAAAUGUUGUCGAAACUUUGGCCAUUGAUAAAUGGAACACUGAUUCUGUCGAAGAAUUUUUAAAAACAUAUUUAGAACCAGUGAAUAAUGUUAAUUUAGAUUAUUUGAAAACUAAUUUGGUAUGA